UAAUGUCUGUUCGCUGCUGGGUUUCGGUACAGACAGAAGAAAAGGUCCUACAGAAUCCAGCGCGUGAUCCUGAAUAAACCUGGUCUGAGAUGAAACAUGUUCUCAUUAAAAGGCAGAAACAUUGCAGAAGCGCUGUUUAAUGUUGUGGUGUUUUAUUCAGUGAUUAUUGUUUAGUUUAAUGGUAUUUACUUUGAUUGUAUUGAAUCAUUACGAAAAGGAAAGUGAAAGCGAAAGAGGGGUGGAGCCUGUGUGAGAGAGAGAGAGAGAGAGAGAGAGGGAAAGGUGUUUUGGGGAUUUCUCUUCUCCCACGAAGUCAAAGCUUUGAGUUAUGGCCUCCCUUCGUUUUCCCUUUCCAACUCCUCGUAUAAAUCUCCAGACCUGCACCAUGUUACCAAAAAGCUCCUCUCUCCGAAAGCGCCAACAUGAAGCUCGUGCAGCCGUGGACGUGUUUUUAUUCUUUGCUGGUGUUUUUCCUCGUGCAGGAGCGAUGCGACACCUGCGAGUGGAUGAUCAGCCAGUACCGGAUGAAGAACGGAGUGUGUCUCUCACUGCUCCGAGAAAUGGGUGGAGAGAUUACUACAUUCAAUAAACCGGUUUCAUUUCCACACCUGGUGUACAACGCAGUGGAGAGGGCAAAGGCAGAAGAUCAGAUGAGCUUUCUGGCUGAGGCCACAGAGCAGAUCAUCGUUCUCUUCGAUGCUGCAUCAAAUGCUGAUAAUAUUAAUUGGGACAGCAGGGCACUGGAUGAUUUCCUGAACAUCCUCAAUACCCGGCAACUGAUGGAGCUUAAAAAAUGUACAGCAACAUACGCUGAGAGAACAAGACACUCGAACAGUGAGAGGAAAAUCCGAAGACACUUCAAGAGGUUGAAGAAAAUGCUGAAAAAUGCUAACUACAGCCCAGAUGCUUUGGAGCAAAUCAGGAACACGGUGCAGCUUCAUCUUAUGAGGAUGGACAUCAUCGGUGCGGAUGUGAGGCAGAAACUAAUGAAGAGGACCAACUAAAAAACAAGUCUAUUACUAUUUAUUUUACAAUUUUUUUUACUACUACAUUUUGACUACUGGACCAAAUAUUGUGAACUAAGGCCAAGUUCCAGUCAUGUUUCAAUGUCUAUUUCAAAACAAAAAAAAAUCAUGUAUAUUUUGAAUUUGCAUGACAAUUUUAUUUAUUUAUUUAUGUAUGUAUUUAUUUAUGUAUUUAUUUAUUGACAAAAACAAUAACAGUAUUGUAUAUGUAUGUUUUUUUAUUAUUUUUAUUAUUAUUUAUGAGCAGAUUCUGCAAUUUUUCUAG